CCCACCCCCGGAUUGACUGGCUUCUUUGAAUGACCAGCUGACUCGAUGGACUCAAUUUCCAAAGAACGGCCAUCGAUCGGCGAGAGUUGCCCGCAACGGACUCGUCGGCUAUUCACCGUUUUUGUCGCAAGCCGAUCGGUUCGCAGAGAAAAACUCCACUCUUCCAGGUUCCGAGUCCGUGAUUGGUGGUAAAUCUCGUGGGCUCACUCGGGCGACCCCAGAACCGAACUUUCAAUGCCAAACCCCGACCUUCAAACCGGGCUGUUCCCGAGCGCAAAAGAAUCGCAACAUGGAUAACGUGCGAUUGUGAGAAUCCGGGGGGCAUGCCCCGCCCCCGAAUUAACCCGCAGUCGGCCCUUGCCCGAGAUGGUCAAGCGACGAAGAAGGCAUUUCUAGAAGAGAGGAAGAACCGUUGCGGCUUCAAAUACCCCGCGUGGUGUCACUCGGAGGGCUUCAAUCCAGGAGCCUUGACCUCUCUGCCAGUCGGCAUUUGACGAACGACGGCAAUUGAACCAGCGCUAACCAGCAUCAAUAACCAACACCAAGACACGUCCAGCCACCACUAGCCACCAUGGGCUUUGGGGCCAUCGAGGAUCGUCCUACCCCGAAGGAGGUCUACAACUGGCGCUUGUACUCCGAAGCUAUCAUCAUUGCCACUGGAUCAUUGCUUUUCGGAUAUGACUCGGCCUUUGUGGGCACGACUAUUGCACGCGAGAGUUUCAUGACCGAUUUCCACAUCACCAAAGCCAACAGUAGUGCAAUUUCGAGCAAUAUCACCUCGAUCUUCCAGGCUGGCGCAUUCUUUGGAGCUCUUUUCUGCUUUUUCUUUACUGAGCGUUUCGGUCGAAAAUGGACGCUGCAAAUCAAUGUGGUUGUAUUCAUUAUUGGUGCGGUGAUGAUGACUGCGGCCACCCAUCAAUUGGGUCUCAUAUACGCCGGUCGCGUGUUGACGGGUAUUGGCUGCGGCGCCAUUACGGCAACCGUUCCUAGCUAUAUCGCAGAACUAUCGAUUCCCUCCAUUCGAGGUAUCUUGACAGGCUUCUUCGAGUGCGCCUACCAGAUCGGUUCCGUGAUUGGAUUCUGGAUCAACUUUGGUAUCACGCAGAACAUGUCUGCCAAAUCAUCGACAAGUUGGAGGAUCCCCAUGGGAGUUCAGCUCAUUCCAGCAGUGUUCCUGUUCAUUGGCGGAUUUUUGCUUCACGAGUCUCCACUCUGGCUUAUGCGCAAAGAGCGCAAUGACGAGGCCUAUCGUGCCCUCGAAACUCUGCGCAGAUUGCCCGUGGACCACCCCUACGUCCAGCAGGAGAUCCAGAAUAUUCAGAAUCGAUUGAAUGAAGAAGCGAGUGUCGCAAGCAAGUAUGGCCAGGGAUCAUGGGCCUUCUUCCGUGGUGCAAUGGACGAGUUCUCGCGCCGAGGUAUGCGGAACCGUGUGUUCCUCGUCUUCUGUGCUUUUGCUUUGAACAAUCUGUCCGGUGCUUCUGCUAUCAAUUAUUACUCGCCUACUCUCUUCAAGUCCAUUGGGAUCAAAGAUACGGCGCUGUACACGGGCAUUUACGGUCUUGUCAAGGCGGUUGCAUCCCUCAUCUUCUACAUUGCUUUUGUCGACAAGAUUGGUCGUCGUCGCCCAGUCAUUCUAUCUUCGAUUGUCUGCUCCCUCUGCCUCUGGUAUGUCGGUGCAUAUGUCAAGGUUGGUAACCCAGCCGCCGUCAUCGCCGAUGGUGGUACUUUGUCAGACUCCACGACUCGCGGGGGUCACGCAGCAACUGCAAUGAUUAUGAUCUACGCCGUUUUCUGGUCUUUCGGUCUGAAUGGUAUUCCUUGGAUUGUCUCUGCGGAAAUUUUCCCCGGUGCCUUACGAAACUUCUCUGGUACCUAUGCAGCCCUCGUCCAAUGGGCAACCCAAUUUCCGAUGAGCAAAUGUCUUCCGUAUAUGUUCAACUCCUUUGGAUACGGAACUUGGUUCUUUUUCGCGGGUUUCAUGGUCGUUGCCACUGUUUGGUCAUACUUCCUCCUGCCCGAGACUAAGGGGUUGACAAUUGAUCAAAUGGACAUGAUCUUUGGCUACAAUCAACCUGGACACCGCGGCAUUCCCCAUACUCGAUUUACCCAGACCCAGUUGGAAGUAUCCAAUGCGGGCGCCCCUGGUAAGCCGGGUCAGCCCGAGCAUUUCGAGGUUGUCUAAAGGGACGCUCAGUGGAACAGCCAUAUGAUUUGAGGCAAACCUAGCGAUGUAAACCUAUAUCUAAGCAGCUCACCAGUCAGCUAUUGAUUUGGCAACAAGCCUAGUAUCAAGUACACUGCUGAUACGGGCCUUCGAUACUGGUGCUGGCGCAUAAAUCCAAAUCAACACGGCUUAUCAUGCCUACUGUACGAAUAGACCAUGAUUGAUAGAAAUCAAAGUACACAUAAUUCAACCCCACAUAAACGAAAUACC